AUGGGCAAUUCGCCAUCGAAAUCAAAAAAUGGUCUUCCUCUUUCCCGGUCCGACACCGGUGUGCUGCAGCGGUCCAACCGGUCGAUCCGGUCCCGCCUUUCUGGUAGCAAAGACGACCUGCCCCGGAUGAGCAGCCGAAAAGGCUCCACUACCUCGCUACCGAGGCCUGAUGGCAUAGCCAAUGGCGAUGCUGAAGAGUAUGCUAUAGCUGACGAUGAUGAGGACGACGACGAUGCUCUCCUUCAUCCGCUGAUGCAGACCCCGGAGCCCAAACUGCCCAUUUUGAUCCGGAGAAAUACAAACGACACCGAAUUCUCCGGCAAUCUCUCGCUCCCUCGCCUGAACAGCAACGCCGACGACCCGCUGCUUUCGAAGCUGCCCACAAACUCCACAUUCCAGACCCCCAAUGCCAGCCUCACUCCUCAGGCCACCGGAGGGCCCAGCAACAACUCCGAUACACCAGGCGACAAGUCUGACACCAUCUCGGUCAGCUCCAAGAGAUCUGCCAGAUCGUCUGUACUGGCCAGAACCGCCCCUUCAAGAAGAGGCUCGUCGAGAGAUCCAGAGGAACUCAUGGAGUCUCCUCAAUGCCUGAACCCACUUGAGAUCGAGGACUUUAUCCAGCGACUUCUUGACGCUGGCUACUCAGGCAAGCGUACAAAAAACCUUUGUCUCAAGAAUAACGAGAUUCAGCUUAUCUGCUCCAAGGCAAGGGAGAUUUUCUUACUGCAACCGUCUUUACUUGAGCUUAGCCCGCCGGUCAAGGUUGUGGGCGACGUGCAUGGCCAAUAUCUCGACUUGAUUCGUGUUUUCACCAAGUGUGGUUUCCCGCCACUGACAAAUUAUCUAUUCUUGGGUGACUACGUGGACAGAGGUAAACAGUCCUUGGAGACGAUCCUUCUCCUUCUCUGCUACAAGAUCAAAUACCCAGAGAACUUUUUCCUCCUCAGAGGAAACCAUGAGUGCGCCAAUGUGACUCGUGUUUAUGGUUUCUACGACGAGUGCAAACGUCGGUGUAACAUCAAGACAUGGAAGCUUUUCAUUGAUACUUUCAACACCUUGCCCAUUGCUGCUAUUGUCGCUGGCAAGAUCUUCUGUGUGCAUGGCGGUCUCUCGCCCGUUCUCAAUUCGAUGGAAGAAAUCAGAAACAUUGCCAGGCCGACUGACGUGCCCGACUUUGGGCUUCUCAACGACUUGCUCUGGUCGGAUCCAGCCGACACGAUGAACGAAUGGGAAGACAACGAACGAGGCGUGUCCUACGUUUUCUCCAAAGCCGCCAUCAACAAAUUCUUGCAGAAGUUUGGGUUUGAUUUGGUGUGCCGGGCACACAUGGUGGUGGAGGACGGAUACGAGUUUUUCAACGACCGUACGUUGGUGACAGUGUUCAGUGCGCCAAACUACUGCGGAGAGUUUGACAAUUGGGGCGCUGUGAUGAGCGUAUCGGACGAGUUGCUUUGUUCGUUUGAGCUUCUCGACCCAUUGGACCUGGUUGCAUUGAAGCAGACGAUGAAAAAGGGUAAGCAGGAGCGGAAGCAAGCACAAUUGCUGCGCCAACAGAGCAGAUAA